GUAUAGUUUUACGUCCCUUUGAACUGGUAAUUGAAGCCCAUGUCUAACGAUGAGCAAAGGAUUAAAAACUUAAAAAAAGAACCAGUCGCUAUUUGUAUGCUGAGAUAACUCAGGAAAAAUUAGAGGAAAGCCGGCAAUUUACUUAAUUUCUUAAACAAGAAAAUGGUUGUAUUUUUUCGACAUGACAGCUGACACGCUUAACAGUAAGUUGCCAGAUUUAAGAAGUUCAAUUUACCAAAAGGAAUAAGAAAUGAAAGAAAGAACAGACAACUGUGUGUAAAUGAUUACAGUUAAAAGACAAUAUGGGAAUUCAAAGACUAACACACAAAAUUUGUUCAUCAAUAAGUAACAUUAGUGCAUCACAACUUUUGUUGUGUUUUCUUAUUCUUUUGUGUGUCAAGGUAACUGUAGGUUCCUAUGGCGACAGAUCAUACAUAUUCAUGAAAUGUGUUAGUAACUGUGGCAAUAAAAACUGUACCAGCCAAUCAAAGUUCUUGUCUGCUCAGCCCUGGUACCUUACAGUGUUACAGUGGUCAUGUAAAGAUGAAUGUAAAUACCAGUGCAUGUGGAAAACUGUAGACGCCUUUCACAAAGAUGGACUUAGUGUUCCUCAGUUCCAUGGGAAAUGGCCAUUCGUACGACUGUUUGGGAUACAGGAGCCAGCAUCAGUGUUGUUCUCUGUACUAAAUGGACUAGCCCACCUGAGAAUCCUGUCCUACAGAAAACAAGUAUCUUCAAAAGUUCCUUUAUUUUAUGUCUGGCAUCUAUAUGCUUUAGUAGCAUUAAAUGCUUGGUUUUGGUCAACAGUUUUUCAUACAAAAGAUACAGAUUUUACAGAGAAAAUGGAUUAUUUCUGUGCGUUUUCUGUAGUACUUAGUAACUGUUUUGCUGUAUUAUGUAGAUUAUGUGGAACCAGUCCAGUGCGCCUUCCUCUCAUUUUUGCAGCAUUAGUUAUUGCCUUAUACACUUACCAUAUUUACUACCUAGCCUUUGUACAUUUUGAUUAUGGUUAUAACAUGCAAGUAAAUAUCUUUUUUGGUGCACUAAACUUUAUUGGAUGGAUGUUAUAUGCUUACAAAGAAGGAAUAAAAAAACGUUAUGUACAAAAAUGUAUGCUAGCUAUGUUUGGUCUGACAUUCCUUAUUUUAUUGGAGCUGCUGGAUUUUCCUCCAUUAUUGUGGAUUUUUGAUGCUCAUUCAAUGUGGCAUGCAGGCACCAUACCUGUAUGUUACCUCUGGUACAGUUUUGUUAUAGAAGAUGGAUUAAAUUUAGAAUUACAAUUAGAAGAUAACAAAGAUAAGAAAAUAGUUUGAUACUCUGGGUCAUAGAUUAAACAUCUUUGAAUGUGUGUUUUAUUUGUGUUCAUUAAACAUGUGUUGUAUUUGUAAUCUGGAAAUGUGUAUUGUAUAACUGAUCUUUAAGUGUGUACAAUGUAUUUUGUAAGUGUUUGUUACAUGUGUCUGGACUGUUUGAUGAUCAAUUGUACUGUGACCUAUAGUUGCUAAUGUCUACCUUAUAUGGUCUCUGAUGGAAUUUAGGCACAAAGCACCAUGUCUUCUUGUCAAAGUUGACUUCAUGAUGUUUUGGAUUUUUGUGUCAAUGGGUUGCUGUCUCAUUGACAUAUAUUCUUCUCCUCUUUUUAUACACACAGUUUAUUGUGAGGAUAUAUAAUUAUUCAUAGAUUUCAUCAUAGGAAAGGUACAAGCCCAUUAUACUUUAUUUCUGUUGGAUGGAGGUUCUAUCAUGACAGUACUUAUUAAAGUAAUUAAGUAAAGGAUUGAUUUAAUUCGAGGCAAUAUAGCUUCUUGGAAUUCAAAUGUUUUACUCAGAAUAUAAUUCAAUAAAGAGGAAAACUAAAAUAAGCAUAAUACUCAGUCACAUUCUGAUGUUUAAAGCAAAUGCACCAAUUACUUAAUGAAUACAAUGAUUU